ACUCGUUUCGCUUCUUCGUCAGGGUCUACGGCGGCACAAGCAAGUGCGGCAUUCACAUAUACCGAGAGACUUUCCAAAUCGUCGGCUGAGCAAGCACGAUGCGUGAAAUCGUUCAUAUUCAAACCGGGCAGUGCGGUAACCAGAUCGGAGCUAAGUUCUGGGAGGUCAUCUCCGACGAACACGGCAUCGAUCCGACCGGAGCUUACCAUGGCGACUCGGAUCUCCAGCUCGAGCGCAUCAACGUCUACUACAAUGAAGCCACCGGGGGCAAAUACGUCCCGAGAGCAAUCCUCGUCGAUCUGGAGCCGGGAACCAUGGACUCCGUGAGGUCCGGACCUUUCGGCCAACUUUUCAGGCCUGACAACUUCGUCUUCGGACAGAGCGGUGCCGGUAACAACUGGGCCAAGGGACAUUACACCGAAGGGGCCGAACUCGUCGACUCCGUGUUAGACGUCGUUCGUAAAGAGGCUGAGUCUUGCGAUUGCCUGCAAGGCUUCCAGCUGACCCACUCGCUCGGUGGUGGUACCGGUUCCGGUAUGGGGACCCUUUUGAUUUCGAAAAUCCGUGAGGAAUAUCCCGACCGGAUCAUGAACACCUUCUCGGUUGUGCCCUCGCCAAAGGUAUCGGACACUGUCGUCGAACCCUAUAACGCCACUUUGUCGGUGCAUCAGCUCGUCGAGAACACCGAUGAGACCUUCUGCAUCGACAACGAGGCUCUCUACGACAUUUGCUUCAGAACGCUGAAGCUCACAACGCCAACAUACGGAGAUCUGAACCAUCUCGUCUCCGCCACGAUGUCCGGUGUGACGACCUGUCUCCGAUUCCCCGGUCAGCUGAACGCCGAUCUCCGUAAACUCGCGGUGAACAUGGUUCCCUUCCCGCGUCUCCACUUCUUCAUGCCCGGCUUCGCCCCGCUGACGUCCCGCGGCUCUCAGCAGUACCGAGCGCUCUCGGUGCCCGAGCUCACUCAGCAAAUGUUCGAUGCCAAGAACAUGAUGGCCGCUUGUGAUCCCCGUCACGGACGAUACUUGACCGUGGCCGCAAUCUUCAGAGGUCGCAUGUCGAUGAAGGAGGUCGACGAGCAGAUGCUCAACGUCCAGAACAAGAACUCCUCGUACUUCGUCGAAUGGAUUCCCAACAACGUGAAGACCGCCGUCUGCGACAUUCCACCCCGUGGAUUGAAAAUGGCUGCCACAUUCAUCGGGAACUCGACCGCCAUCCAAGAGCUUUUCAAGAGAAUCUCCGAGCAAUUCACUGCCAUGUUCCGUAGGAAGGCUUUCUUGCAUUGGUACACCGGCGAAGGUAUGGACGAGAUGGAGUUCACCGAGGCUGAAUCCAACAUGAACGAUCUCGUUUCCGAGUACCAGCAGUACCAAGAGGCCACCGCCGAUGACGAUGGCGAGUUCGAGGAGGAGGAAGACGUUCAGGAAGAAUAAAUGCUAAACCAAUCUUAACUUUCCUGUUGUCGAACGCCAAACUCAUCCCGAUCUGGCGGAACGCUCGACAGGAGCCUCCUUUUUAGCAUUCUGACAAUAAGAAAACCGAACUCAGGUCACAUGAUUGAAGAAAGUCGACUCGAUAUCCGAACGUGAGUGAGAGAUGGCGGGGUCGCCUGCCGCGAGAGAAAUUCAAUCCAAAAAGUCUUCUCGAAGGAUUAUCGUUUUUUGAAUCAGUCAAUGAUACGAUUAUUCUGAGGGAGGACGGGACGAGGUUUCGACGAGAGGGAAGCUUGAUUUCCAUGGGAAAAUCCGACGAGAAAGAGAAAGCAAUGAGAGAAACAGCCACCGAAGCGAAAUGACCAAGGCGAAGAAAAGGGAAAGAUACUAGAAGUAGACAGUAAUAUGGCCGUUACUUUCAUUGUCCAAGGCGGAGAAGUCAUUCAUGAUGUGAAAGCAGUAUUCGAGCUAUGAAUCUCUUACCUGCUGAUACGCAAGACACGCGCACUGUCGGAAUGUCGCGUUAAUAUCCUCGAGUAGAUUGUGGCGAAUUAAGUCUUUAGAAGGUGUCGUUCGAAAGAACCAUCCUCAAAGCCUGUACAUUUUAAGUUUCCGUCGACUACUACUACAACUUCUCCUCCUACUACCAAAUAAACAAAAGCAACAGCCUACAACGAAAGCAUACCAGAAUCCACCCAUUCGAAUCCGAAACAACUACUACGAUAAUUAUAAUCAUAAUUAGAAUAAUUAGGAUGUCCAUAAUUGACGAUACUCGUAUCGUCAUUCUCUCCGCUAAGACUAUCGACUUCGAAAAUAAAGAAAUCUCGAGACGAAUCCAAUGACAACCAAAAUGACGGUCGCGCGCGCAGUCCCUUCAAUAAAACAGGUAGUGUUACUAAGA